AUGGGAGGUAGGUGCUCCAAAUUAUCACUUUGUUGGUGGCCUUCCCAUCUCAAAUCAAACCUCAACUACUCCUCUGAUCUUGAGAAUGGGGAGUUAUUGCCUGGUGGGUUUAGAGAGUACAGUUUGGAGCAGCUAAGAGCUGCCACUUCAGGGUUCAGUUCGGACAACAUAGUAUCAGAGCACGGAGAGAAAGCUCCCAAUGUAGUUUACAGAGCGAAGCUUCAAGAAGAUGAUCAAUGGAUUGCUGUUAAACGCUUUAACAAGUCUGCUUGGCCUGAUUCUCGCCAAUUCCUUGAGGAGGCUAGAACAGUGGGGCAGUUAAGGAAUGAAAGAUUGGCCAAUUUGAUAGGGUGUUGCUGUGAAGGAGAGGAGAGGUUACUUGUUGCUGAGUUUAUGCCUAAUGAGACUCUCUCUAAGCAUCUAUUUCAUUGGGAGAACCAGCCGAUGAAAUGGGCUAUGAGGUUGAGAGUGGCUCUUUAUUUAGCGCAAGCUUUGGAAUACUGUAGUAGUAAAGGAAGGGCCUUGUACCAUGACCUUAAUGCUUAUAGAAUUUUAUUUGACCAGGAUGGAAAUCCGAGGCUCUCAUGCUUUGGCCUAAUGAAGAAUAGUAGAGAUGGAAAGAGCUAUAGUACGAAUCUGGCAUUCACUCCUCCUGAGUACUUGAGAACUGGAAGAGUGACACAGGAGAGUGUGGUUUAUAGCUUUGGCACCCUAUUGCUUGAUCUUCUCAGUGGAAAACAUAUCCCCCCAAGCCACGCACUUGACCUUAUACGUGGAAAAAAUUUUGUGAUGCUGAUGGACUCUUGUUUGGAGGGUCAUUUUUCAAAUGAUGAUGGAACUGAACUGGUGCGUUUAGCUUCACGGUGUUUACAGUAUGAAGCUCGCGAGAGGCCCAAUGCAAAGUCUCUUGUCACUGCUCUCGCUCCUCUUCAAAAAGAAACUGAGGUUCCGUCCCAUAUUUUGAUGGGUAUUCCACAUGGAACUCAGUCCCCAAAGCAAACAAUGUUGUUGACACCUCUAGGUGAAGCUUGCUCAAGAUUGGAUCUUACUGCAAUACAUGAAAUGCUAGAAAAGGUGGGAUACAAGGAUGACGAGGGAAUUGCCAAUGAGCUUUCCUUCCAAAUGUGGACAGAUCAGAUACAGGAAACGCUGAAUUGUAAGAAACGUGGUGAUGCUGCCUUUCGCGCUAAAGAUUUUAAUACUUCCAUUGAUUGUUAUACUCAAUUCAUAGAUGGCGGGACCAUGGUAUCUCCAACUGUAUUUGCUAGACGCUGUUUGUGCUACUUGAUAAGCGACUUGCCACAACAAGCCCUUGGAGAUGCUAUGCAAGCUCAAGCAGUCUCUCCUGAGUGGCCCACUGCCUUCUAUCUUCAAGCUGCUGCCCUCUUUAGCCUUGGGAUGGACAGUGAUGCACAGGAAACUCUAAAAGAUGGCACAUCUUUGGAAACCAAAAAUCAUAGAAACUAA